CUUGCAAACUAGCUAUCAAUCCGCAUUCUCAGGCCAGGCUAGACUUGACGAGACGAUGGAUCUGAUGUGGACUACGCUUUACCUCUGCAUUUUUAUUGCAUCAGCAGCCGUGCUCCACAAACAGGUGGCGAAGCGGAUCCCGUACCGCUAUUCUUCACUUCCGCCAGGAAACAACAGUAUUCGCCUGCUUCGCCUAUUGCCACACGAAGACGAGACGGCUGACAUACAAUGCGAGCUCUUCGAGUACUCUCUCCAGAACUCGUGCAAAGGAACUCACCUAUACGAUGCUCUAUCCUAUGUAUGGGGCAAUCCAGACGAGACGCUGCCUAUCUUUAUACAUGAACAUAGCUUCGAUGUCACUGUCAACCUUCGCGCAGCUCUUUUACAGCUUCGAAAUCACUCUAUUGAACGAAUCCUAUGGGUAGAUGCUAUAUGUAUUAAUCAAGCAAAUCGGGAAGAGAAGGAAAAUCAGAUCCAAUCUAUGGCGAAGAUCUAUGGUCAAGCAAACCGUGUAGUUGUUUGGCUUGGAGAGACCGCCGACGAUAGCGACCUAGCGUUUGAAGAGAUACGCGUUGCUAGAGACCAGAAGUCUACAAAGUCUUCAGACAGCGAAAGGAUCCAGAAAGCAGUCCUCGCGCUGCUUCAACGACCGUGGUUUCGGCGCAUCUGGAUACUUCAGGAAGUUGCCGCAGCUCGACAUGUGCUAAUUAUGUGUGGGUCUAAGAAGAUUGAUGGAUAUGUCUUCUGCUUGGGUAUUGAUUCAUUAAAGGAUUUCUACGAAGCUCGCCAAGACUUACAAGGCUUGAUCCGUUCAGUGACCUACCUAAUCAGAGAAGCGACCUUCAGGCCUGAAUACUCGAUCGGUAGUUCUGGCAGGUCAUCUCUGGAUAUAUGUCCACUAGGUGAGCUGGUGGACAUGUAUCAUGCCCAUAGGGCUACCAAGCGCCACGAUAAGGUGUAUGCCUUGCUCGGCAUGAGCUCGGAUGAUCUCCGCAAAGUUGACUUGUUGCCUGACUACGGAGUUCCUUGGGAGAAACUCUUGCAGCGACUAGCCAAGUAUCUUCUCUCUGAAAAGAUGUCUGUAGAGACCUGGGGCGAUAAAGAGAUCGCAGUAAUCAAGAGCAAGGGCGCAAUUCUUGGCCAGGUGUCUUCAGUAACAAGUGACAGCGCUCGGUAUGACAGACAGCACUUGAAUAUCACUUUCAAGAGCAUACCACAGCAGCAACAGAGCGCUCACUGGACUCUCAAGGUCUCGGCAAAAUCGAUCCGAGAUGGAGACAUCAUCUGCCUCCUUCAAGGAGCUUCAAAGCCUACGAUUAUCAGAUUGUGUGAAGAUCAUUUUGUUAUUAUCAUGGUUGGAGCCACUCCUCUAGAGGACAUACAAACGGGAAAUGGUUAUAUCCAGUGGUCCAACCUUUCGCAAUCGGUACAAAGCUUCACCCGGGAUUUCAUACUUGUCUGGGACUGGGAAAGUUCAUCAAACAAGUUGCAAGAUCUCGGAGAAUACGAAACCUCGAUACGACCAAACAGUUUGGUGUUAGAACAUUCCAAGAAAGAGAUAGACAAAGCGACACGAACAUGGAAUGUUGCACUAAUACUAAGAGACUUGGAAGAGUAUAAACAGGCGGAGGAGAGGCUUCAAGAAGCAGUAGCAGGCUAUGAGAUGACGUUUGGAGAAAUGGAUUCGUACACCUUAAAAAGCCGAUACGGUCAGACGCCGCUAUUGUGGGCUGCAGGGAACGGUUACCAUACAGUAGUAGACCUACUACUUAUGAAUGAUGGCAUUGAUCCGGACUUGAAGGAUGGUCAAUACGGACAGACACCGCUGUCAUGGGCGGCGCAGGGAGGGCACAAUGCCGUGGUUAAGCUGCUACUCAAGACGGGCAAGGUCGAUGUCGACUCAAAGGAUAGCCAAUAUGGACAGACGCCACUGUUAAGGGCGGCGCAGGGAGGGUAUAAGGCGGUGGUCAAGCUACUACUUGAGACGGGCAAGGUCAACGCGGUAGUCAAGCUACUGCUUAAGACGGGAAAGGUCAACGUUGACUCAAAAGAUAGUCAAUAUGAACGGACGCCGCUAUCGUGGGCGGCGGAGGGAGGGCACGGGGCG